AUAAUUAAAAAAACUUGUUAAAAAAUCAUAAAGAAGUGAAACAUAACUUUGUUUUGCAGCUUCAAUUUCAGACAGAUAGCUAUCGCACAGACAACUGAGUUGAAAUCUGUUUUGAAUAAAAAUGUUUCUGGUGCUAAUAUGUUCCUUGGUAUAUUCUCUGCAUGCCUUCCCUUUACCUGUUAAAUUGGUGGACAUGACGCACACAUUUGAUGAAACCGUAAUACAUUAUCCAUUUGUUAACGGAUUUCAGAUGGAAACCGAAAUGAAUGGAACAGAAUUAAAUGGCGUAUGGAUACUGACAGAAAAAUAUUCAUCAUCCAUUCAUGUUGGCACCCACAUGGACGCUCCUCUACAUUUUAUUCCAGAUGGACUCGCGGUGGAUCAAAUUCCAAUAAACCAUUUUUUUGCUCCGGCAGCGGUGAUAGACAUUACUGAGAAAGCCGAACUUGAUCCAGAUGCAGAAGUCACUGUGGAAGAUCUCCUCAACUGGGAAUGCCUCACUGAACAAAGCCUGAAUGGGACCAUCGUUCUCCUGAAAUCAGGCUGGGGAAAGAGAUGGAACGAUGAAAUUGCUUUUUUAGGUACAUCUGACGGCCAUCUGUCGAACUCCCAUUUUCCAGGAUUCUCAGCAGAGGCAGCUAUUUUUUUGGUUCAAAAUAGAACCAUCUAUGGCGUGGGAACAGAUACCAUUUCUUUUGACAAGGGAUCAUCGAAAACUUUUCCAGCUCAUCAAAUCUUGUUGCGACAUGGCAUUUUUGGUCUUGAGAACGUAGCAAAUGUAGAACAGAUUCCGAUCUACGGAGCUCAACUUUAUGUGAUGCCCAUGAAGAUAGGCAAAGCAAGUGGAGCUCCAACGAGAAUAAUUGCUUCAUACAUUGCUCCAAAAAUAGUUCAGGAUAUUCCAUCAUCUAAAAAAUAGGAACAUUAUGAUUUUCCUUUCCGGCGCUUUGAAAGAAACUUUGAAUCUAACAAUUAUGUGCUCGGUGUUAUUGAAAUUUCAUAAAAUCUUUUCGUUGUAAAAAAUGUGAGGAGAAAAAUACCUAAUAUAUUAUUGUUAUACCAUAAUUUUUUUGAAAUUUUAGAACAAUCUUUCCUUUUGUCAUAGGAAAUCAAGACUUUCCUGACCCAGUGCUUUGAAAAAAAUCUUUGAAUAGAAAAAAUUAUUGAUGUGCUUUCUGAAAUUUCAUAAAAAUCCUUUAAGUAGGAGAAGAAAUGGCGCGAAAAAAAAUUCGUUGUGUGUUAAUGAUAUAUCAUAAUAUUUUGAAAUUUCUGAGAAAUCUCUUAUUUUGUCAUAGGUGUAGAAGUAAAUAUCAAUAAACAUAGAUAUAUAUA